CUGCCAUAGUAACCGAUCUCCGAAGCAAAGCAAAGCAAACACAGAAACUGAAGAAGAGAAGUAAAACCUUGAAUUCUCUUCUCCUUUGAUUCUGAAUCUCUCUAUCUCAUUCCUCUCUGAUCGUGGAUUGAGAUGGAGAGCUUACCAACGACGACGGCUCCGUCGAAAUCAGAACGACGAGGCAGGUCCUCCAAGUCUUCUCAGAGUUCAUCUAAGUCUUCAGUUAUCAUGGCUUUCUUCUCUUGCGUUGCUUGGCUCUACGUCGCUGGCCGGUUAUGGCAAGAUGCAGAGAAUAGAGUGGUACUGAGUGAUAUUCUUAAGAUGAGUUAUGAUCAGAAGCCUAAGGUUCUUACGGUGGAUGACAAGUUGAUGGUACUAGGAUGCAAAGAUCUUGAGAGAAGAAUUGUUGAAACUGAAAUGGAGUUGAGUCUUGCAAAGAGUCAAGGCUAUUUGAAAAACUCGAAGAGUGGUUCGUCUUCAGGGAAGAAAUUUCUUGCUGUGAUUGGUGUGUAUUCGGGCUUUGGAAGUCAUGUGAGGCGCAAUUCAUUUAGAAGGUCUUGGAUGCCACAAGGUGAUGUUUUGACUAAACUUGAGGAAAGAGGAAUCGUCGUUCGUUUUGUGAUUGGUCGAAGUCCAAAUCGAGGUGAUAGCUUAGAUCGAAAAAUUGACGAGGAAAAUCAAGCAAAAAAGGAUUUUUUGAUUCUUGAGAAUCAUGAAGAGGCUCAAGAAGAGUUAUCCAAGAAAGUAAAGUUCUUCUUCAGUGCUGCUGUCCAAAACUGGGAUGCAGAGUUUUACAUCAAAGUUGAUGACAGUAUUGACCUAGAUCUUGAGGGGUUGAUCAGUCUACUUGAAAGUCGACGUGGUCAAGAUAAUGCGUACAUCGGGUGUAUGAAGUCUGGACAAGUGGUUUCUGAAAAGGGAGAUCAAUGGUAUGAACCAGAAUGGUGGAAAUUUGGGGAUGAAAAAUCGUACUUUCGUCAUGCAGGUGGUUCGCUCUUAAUACUAUCCAAGAAUUUGGCUCAGUAUAUAAACAUAAACAGUGGAUCAUUGAAGACAUAUGCAUUUGAUGAUACCUCCAUAGGAUCUUGGAUGAUUGGUGUUCAGGCAACAUAUAUAGACGACAAUCGCCUUUGCUGCAGCAGCAUCAGACAAGACAAGGUUUGUUCUGUGGCUUGAUCAAAGGAGUCUCUUCUAGCACUUCAGAUUCACUCUGUGAGGCAGGUUCUUGGAAUGUUAACCUGAGUUAAGAUUGAUUAAGAAUCAGAUUAUCAUAUAGGGCAUACAAAUUUAGUCAGCCUAGUUGUGACAAAAAAAGAAAAACAAAAACAUUAUAAGUUAUAUAACUGACCACAAAUAGUAGACUCAAUCCCGGCUUUGAAGUAUAAGUUUGAGUGAUGGAGUCAUUUACUUUGGAACACUUCUAAAUGAAUAAUACUUUACUUCUUAUGA